AUGAGUAGAUCAACCAGAGACAUUGGCGGCAGACUGAAGAAGACGGGCGUGACCGAGAUCAAGCUCACCGGCAACUACACCAGAGCAGACAUCGAGCGAAUCGCUCAGCAAGACAGCAACACUCUCCAACGCUACGGCGCCAACGCCAGAAUAGAGGUCGUGCUCGACUACGGCAACCAUCAAUAUCGAUCAGGCAAGUUCACCAAGGUAGGCGAGCCGAUCAUCAUGUUUGAUCCUCACGAGUACGAUGGUGCGCCGAUAGCAGAGCCUGACACAUUCAAAUCGUUCUACAUCUACGUACAUCAAGCAAAGGGCAAGGCAGGAGGCUGCAAUGGCGAAUGGAACAACUGCCUCUACCACUGUCUCCUCGACGCCUAUCCCGAGCAGGUCACAGAGCACUUUGGCAAACCAUCGCGCCUCAAGUUGUUCCUCGAUCUUGACGUCAAGCAAAAGGUCUCGAUCAAGCGGAUCCCAGAACUCGAGGCCAGACUCAACAUCAGAAUCAAUGUCAAAGGUGAUCACUGCUACGCCUCGGCCAGCAAGGCAACCAGAGAGGUCAACCUAAUACUAACCAACACGCACUACAAGCUAGACAAGGAGGGCACCUACGUCGGCAAAGGCAUCAGACAUACACGACACAAAGAUAGAGACGUCUACAUCAAGCCAAUCGUAUUCAAGUAUCUCAAAGGCGAGCAGGUGCAGCUCUACGAUGACGGCGAGUACAUGACCAUCAGCCUAGAGCAGUUCAUCAACAGCAAGAGACGUAAGUACCAAGACAAAUGUGAGUACAUCCGUAUCCUCUCUGGCAAGUCCAAUCCCAAGAAGCUAAAGAAUCGCCAGGCUAUGUUUGUUGAAUCAGUGAUCAAAUCAGUACCAAACACGACCAACUAUCAAGUAUUGAUCAGAUAUGGCGAGAACCCAACAUCCAAACUUACAAUCCAUGCUCGAAUGGUAGAUGAACCAAAUGGAAUUGGAAUAUGUAUUGUCAGAGAUCAGAACAUGGAUAGAGAUAUCAAUAGGAUUAGAGUGAUCACAGGUCAUCUUACUGCCAAUACAACUGCGGCAACAGGUGUUCCUGUCACUGUAACUACACCUUAUGAGACUAUACUGUUCAAUGUGAACUUGGAGAAACGUGUCGGUAUCAUUCAGUUCAACAGACCAACUUCAAUGAACUCAAUCAGUGACAAGCUUGUCGAUGAGUUCUUGGAUGCACUCAACAGAUUGGACAAUGAUGGCAGAGUGAACUCUAUUAUCAUCACUGGCAACGACCGUGCCUUUUGCUGUGGCGCAGACAUCAAAGAGUUGGUACACGUUGGCUAUGAGUCAAUUAGCAAGAGUGGCAACAUGAUUGAUAGGAUCACAUGGAUGGCAAGGACUACAAAGCCAAUCAUUGCUGCUGUUGGUGGUCUGGCACUUGGUGGUGGAUGUGAGAUUGCCCUGCUGGCAGACAUUGUCGUCGCCAGUGAGAAGGCUCGUUUUGGUCUGCCAGAGAUCAAGAUCGGCACGAUCCCCGGUGCAGGCGGCACGCAGCGUCUUACAAAGGCCGUAGGAAAGUCCAAGGCAAUGGAGAUGAUCCUUACAGGCCGUAUGAUGGACGCCGCCGAGGCCAAGUCAUACAACUUGGUCAGUCGCGUCGAGAAGGACCAGCAAGCAGUGAUGGAGGCGGCGAUGGCCAUCGCUGCCGACAUUGGCUCAAUGUCAUUGCCCAUUGUCACCAUCGCAAAGAAAGCAAUCAAUCGUUCAUUCGAGACCAAUCUCACCGAGGGUAUGAACGCCGAGAACGACCUCUUCCUCUCGACCUUUGCCUACGACGACCGCAAAGAGGGCAUGGAUGCAUUUACAAAGAAGCGCAAACCGGUCUGGAAGAACAAGUAUUGA